AUGUUGCGGUUUCCUGUUAAAAACGGUUCAGAAGAUUCAAUUUCUGCAAAGAAAAUCCCGGAAAUCCGUGCAUUUGACGAUUUCGUGACCGUCGACUGGGUUGAAGAGGACGAGGUGCAGAUCGAUAGCGACAGACAGCAGAUCCUCUUCAGAUCAAACUAUGUGCGUUACACGCAAAAAAUAUGGGCGCACGUGAGAGAAAUUGCGACGUUAGCGCUUGUUGCGAUCGUUUUGGGCCUAGUAGCGGGCACUUUGCAAAUAGGCACCGAGACGCUUGUGAAUUGGAAAUCGGGCCAUUGCGCUAGGAAUUGGUUUUUAAACAGGUCCUUUUGCUGUGCUGCUGUGAAAGAUGACACCAAGGGCCGCCUUGUCGUACGCGAUGAACUGGAAUGUGUCGAGCAAGGAAUUUGGGUUGCGUGGCAGAAUCCUUUCGGCGCAUUUUUGCUCUUUAUGACGCUUUCACUGGUGUUUGGUCUACUGAGUGCCAUUCUGGUACGAUAUGUGGCUCCAAUGGCGGGAGGUUCGGGCAUAUCUGAGAUCAAAGUCUGGGUUUCGGGUUUCAAGUACAAGGAUGAGUUUCUUGGCUUGAAGACCUUGAUUAUCAAAAGUAUUGCCCUCCCUCUAGCAAUAUCCUCCGGUCUGAGUGUCGGCAAAGAGGGUCCUUCUGUGCAUUACGCCACAUGUAUCGGUUUCGUCGUGACAAAUCUUUUGUCGAGCAGGAGCAUGCAUUUCUCCGAGCAGACAGAGUACCUUAUAGCUGCCUCGGCCGGAGGUGUUAGUGUUGCUUUCGGUUCUCCAAUUGGCGGUGUUCUGUUUGCGCUCGAAGAGAUGUGCACGAAUAGAGCGUUCAACCUUUCGAUAAUGUGGAAGUCGUAUUUCAUCGCCCUGGCUGCGGUGACAACUCUGCAAUACAUGGAUCCCUUCAGAAAUGGUAAAAUCGUGUUAUUUGAAGUGACUUACGACAACCAGUGGCUCUUCAGCGAAAUUCCAGUAUUCGUUCUUUUGGGAGUUUUUGGGGGUUUGUAUGGCCAUUUCAUAAGCAAUUGGAACAUCCAUUUUGUUUCCUUCCGUCGCAAAUACCUUUCAAAUUCAAAAAUACGUGAGGUGCUUAUCCUCAUAAUCAUGACGGCAUUAGUUUCGUACUUCAAUGAGUUCUUGAAACUAGACAUGACCGAAAGUAUGGGUGUACUAUUCCAUGAAUGUUCUGUGAACGGCGGCGAAUCUGCUUGGUCGCAUGAAAUAUGCCAAUUGGAUGCUGAUACGCACGUCGCUGUCUUCUUAAAGAUUUUUCUCUCUCUAUGUGCCGCAACGAUUAUCAGAUCGAUUUUGAUCGUAUUCUCCUAUGGUGCGUGCGUACCAGCUGGAAUUUUUGUUCCAUCAAUGGCAGUGGGAGCCACUUUUGGACGAGCAGUUAGCCUUUUCGUCGAGCGCUUCAUUACGGGAGCGAACGUCAUAACUCCUGGAACUUACGCUUUCCUUGGAGCUGCUGCAACCUUGAGUGGUAUCACAAAUUUAACUUUGACGGUAGUUGUUAUUAUGGUAGAACUUACCGGCGCGUUUUCUUACGUUAUCCCGCUAAUGAUAGUCGCUGCUGUUACCACAGUAAUAUUGUCUUCGCUGGGAUCUAAGGCCGGAAUCGCAGACAAAAUGAUUCUUUUCAAUGGGUUUCCUCUAUUAGAGAAACCAAAGCACGACAUGACUUGGUUAAGAGAGUAUACAGCUGCAGACGUGAUGACCACGUCAGUUGUUACCAUGAAUGAAAUUAUAAGCACAAGCGCUCUGAAAGCACUUUUGGAAACUUAUCCAAAUUUUAGUGGGUUCCCGGUGGUCGCUGAUGGGACCCGACAGAAACUUCGAGGUUACGCAUCCAGGAGCCGACUUAUGAUUACCCUUAUCACCAAUGAAAAUGAUGGACCAUCUGUAGACAUUUUACGUGAUACUAAAACCCUUGGAACUCAGGAUGACGAGUCGAGAUUAACAGAAUUCCGAAAAACUGUUAACGAGCUUCCUUUGACCGUUAAACCUGCAACACCAUUUUCACAGCUCUUCCGGGUCUUUGAAAAACUUGGAAGUAACGUAGUUUUAGUUGAAGAGGAGGGCUCAUUUCUCGGACUCAUAUCAACAAAGGACUUGAUGAAAUUCCAAAGACUCAAAGAAAGAGAGAUGAAUGGACAACUUUUUAAUUUCAAUGAAGAGCGGGAUGAAAAAUUGUGGUCUUUUAUACGCCUUAUCUUUUGA